ACGGCAAUCUGUAGAAUGAUUUUGACCCAGAACGACGAUUAUGCAGUAAAAGAGGAAAUAUAGCGCGUCACAGUGUACGUACGUUUUUAACAAAAAAUGGGGUCUUAGUAGUUAGGCAUUAUUUUCGAAAAGGUCUGACAUGGAUGUUUACAUAGCACGUGCUCAUCAUGGUAGAGACCGGAAGUCCGCAUUCUCGAAAGAGAACUAAAGCCAAGUACACUACAUUGUCAACAAAGGCGUUUUGUUAUAUAUUUUAAGAUGCCAGGCUUUGAACUGGAGCAGGUGGACGGUGACAGUCCCAUUGACUUGCCCUAUGGAGAAACUCUUUUGGGCAGAGGACCGUUUCUUGGAGUGAAUGAUAAGAGGGUUUCGAGGAACCAUGGCAUUCUGGAGAACCAAAAUGGUCAGCUGCGUCUGAAGCCCACACACCUGAAUCCAUGUUUUAUUCAGACGAACAUUGUGGCCACCCCUCAACCACUAGAGAAAGACCAGUGGCACACUCUGCGGGAGGGAGACAUCUUCUCUCUCAUGCCAGGGAAAUAUGUGUACAGAGUGCACGUCAAGGACGAGUUUGGGACCCUCAGAAACAGUCAGAUGUUUGAGGAGGAGAUGGGAGUGGAGAAGUGUCUGACUGAACCAGUGGAACCCUCUGAGGAGUCAGCCAAAGUACAGGCCAAGUCCCAGAGCUCCACACUCCCAGGAAAUACACAGGAUGGUGCUUCACACAGUUAUUGCUCUCUAAAUGAGGAACCCACAGUGAGCAAACGAGAGUCUGAUCUGCCACACAAGAAGCGUGUCCUGCCAGCCUGGAUGAUGACUUUAGCUUCAGCUACCAAAAGCCCAUCAUCUGCCAAAGAUGCUAGCAGCUCAGUGAAAGGGACCCCUACUCAACGCAAUCGGGCAGCUGCAUCCAAACAGGCAGCUGGACCUAAGCGGGCUCGCACUGCACAACUUUCAUCUGAGGAAGAGGAGGAAGAGGAGGAUGAGAUGCCCGCAAGGAAAGCAAAGAGACUGAAGAGUGAUUCUGAAGAGGAGUCAGAAACUCUGGAUGCUACAAAACCCCAGAGCAGUAAAGUGGCAUCAGUCCCAGACGAACCGAGUCCAGAGUCGGACAGCACCAGUUUAAUGGAGUGCGAUAAUGGGAAGAGAAGUGGAGGUGACCCUGCAGUCGAUGUCAGACAAGGAGCUCAAGCUGAAGACUCAAAGACACAAGCAGAAGAAUCCGGUGAUUCGCAGGUCAAUCAGGGACCCUCACAAGCAGGACCUAAAAGGUCAAACGUUACGGAGUCUGAGUGCAAAACAAGUGUCAGUAAGGUGAAAAAACAACGGCGGACACCUUGUCCUUACGGCGGCUCGUGCUACAGGAAAAAUCCUGUCCACUUCCAGGAGAGCAGUCACCCUGGAGACAGCGACUAUGAGGAAGAGGAAGCAGAUGAUGAUGAUGAUGAUGGUGGUGAUGACAGGCCAGAGUGCCCAUAUGGAACCCACUGCUACAGGAAGAACCUACUGCACAAGAAAGAGUACAAACACACUAAAUCUCCUCCCAAGAAUUCUCCUGAUGAUGAGAAUGAAGAUCAUUAUGAGGACAGUUUUAUUAAUGAUGAGAGCGAGGAAGAGGAGGUGGAUGAAGACUCCGACUACGCGCCGGAAUCAGACGACAGUGGAAAAGAGGACAUUAAGCGGCUACAGAAAGAAGCAAAAGCAUUUCUCAGGAAGAAGAAAUAGCUUCUUUAUUUGGGAUACAUUCUUUGAAAUCAAAUAGUGUCCUUCACCCAAACCUCAAAGACUAAGAAGCAGUCAGGUGUUUGACAGACACCGGCCCUUGGUGGCAUUACAUCUAUAUAUUCAGUUUUAAAUCUUUUAGAUUGAGUCUUUUCACCAUUUUUACAGUUUAGACACUGCGGUAAUGAUUUAUACCCAUUCUUAGUGUUAAAAUAUAGUUCACCCAAAAAUGAAAGAAUUGUCGCCAUUUACUCAACCUCAUAUCGUUCCACCCUGUAUUAUUUUCUUUCUUCCGUAAAACACAAAAGGGGAUGUUAAGCAGAAUGUCUGAGCAGCUCUUUUCCAUUCCAUGGAUUACUUUUAUGAUGAUUUUUGGAGGUUGACAGUAGAAAUCACGGAAGACAGAAAGUCAUACCGGUUUUGAAUGACAUGAGGGGGGAGUAAAUGAUGACCGAAUUCUUAUUAUUGGUAAACUAUCCCUUUUUAAGUUGCAUAGAACUUUCUGUUCUUAGCAAUCUAAUGUGGCUUGGCAAAAACAAAAAUAAUUUUAAGAGCAAAUUGUACUUUUUAUAAAAUUCUGUCCUUAUUUCACCCUUUGUUUGUUUGUUUUUUCAUUGUAUGAAUACAAUUAAUUACAGUUUUUAUUUAGGGCUUUAAGACUUAAUCUUUAUUUCUACAGUUUUCCAGUAAUAGGGGGAACAAAAUAUAUUGUCAACAAGGGAACCAAUUUGACAGAAGGGAGCGUGCCUAUUACGUCAUGCCUUAAAAUGCUGUCUACAUAGGCUUUGGACAGAGCCUCUGAAAGCACAGACAUCACCUUGUAAUCGGCUUGUAUUCUGCCUUUCAUCUGAGCCAAAACCCUAUAAGCUACACUUUUCAAGAACGGUUGUUUAAGGGAUAAAGUUAUUUUCUGUGAUGGAGGAAAUACGUGUAAAUGGAAAAGAAAAACAAACGGGUCUUAAACAGAAAAUCCAGGAAAUUUCUCUAUCCAAACCACUGUGACUUUUAACAGUCCAAAACCACCGUUCACACACACUUUUCAGAUAACACAAAUAUGUAACUGGCAUCCGAAGAGGAACAGUUGGGCUUUAUAUCAUUUAAGGAUGACGUCAAGGCCUAUUGGAGUUCUGCCACAUUGACCCUGUUCACUCCGUGGCUCUUAUCCAAAAACCUUUUGAGCCGCCUCACUGUAUACUGCCAACAUAAAGGAUAGGUUUCCUUUGAUUUUCCGUGUGCUGUUAUGUCUCGCGCAGUUGAGCACUCAGCCUUUCAAAGUAUACCCUAACCUUCACUAUAGUGCUACGAGUUGCUUCGUCAAUGAAUGUUUUAACAUUAGUCGGAGUGGUGGUGGCAUAGUGGCUAAAGCACAGGUCUGUUAAUCAGCAAGGUCGUUGGUUCGAACCCCACAGCCACCACCAUUGUGUCCUUGAGCAAGGCACUUAAUUCCAGGUUGCUCCGGGGGGAUUGUCCCUGUAAUAAGUGCACUGUAAGUCGCUUUGGAUAAAAGCGUCUGCCAAAUGUAGUCCACUAAUCCAUCACCGGUGGAUCUGUACGACCUUGGUAUGGGUUGAACUGAAG